ACAAAGACCAUGACAAAGAAAUCCACCCACCAAAUUGUGAGCAAACCAAAAAGUCAUCUAAGUCUUUUAUUAUUUCUCUAUCCUAUCUACUUGUAACCAUUAAAGCAAAAACAAACAUGACAAUGAUCUCAAACUCCGACUUUCCUUAGUAAAGCCUUUCUUCUUUUCUCCACCUCUAAAUCACCCACCAUGGAUUUUCUUCUCUCCCACUUGCUAAUAGCAGUUUUUGCAGGAAUUUUGGGACUGGUUUUUCUAUACCUACGGAGGGCAAAAACAAGCCAAAAAAUUAAAGUCACGUUAGGCCAACCCCCACCAGAGUUCCCAGGUGCGUUACCUAUAAUAGGUCACCUCCACAAACUAAGUGCCCAAAUCCCAAUUUUCAGAACCAUGGCUGAUAUUGCAGACAAAUAUGGCCCAAUCUUCUUGUUCCGUUUAGGCAUGAACCCGGUUCUUGUCAUCAGCAACUACGAGGCAGUCAAGGAGUGUUUCACCACAAACGACAUAACUUUCGCAUCAAGACCAAGGUCCACACACGGAACGCACCUCGGCUACGACUUUGCCGCAUUUGGGUUCGCACCGUACGGCCCGUAUUGGCGGACCAUGAGAAAGUUGGUCAUGAUUGAGCUGCUCUCGAACCGCAGGCUCGAAACAUUGCGGCAUGUGCAAGUCUCUGAGGUUGAGACUUUGGUCAACGGCCUGUACGGACAAUGCAAGAAAAAUGGUUUUGGUCCGACCGAGGUGGUGAUUAGUGAGUGGAUUGAACACUUCACUUUGAACAUUAUUACUGAAAUGAUUGCUGGAAAGAGGUACUUUGAUAGUAGUGGAAAAGUGGUUGGGGGAGAGGCUGAGAGAAUUGGGAAGGUUAUAAAGGAGUACAUGUGCAUUUCUGGGGCUUUUAUUGUUUCUGAUUUAAUCCCAGUUCCCAAAUGGGUUGAUUUUAAUGGGAAUUUGAAAGCCAUGAAGCGAAUUGGGAGGGAAAUAGACGUUUUGAUUCAGAGUUGGGUUGAGGAACACAAGAGAAGUGAGGCAAGUGACAAGCAGGAUUUCAUUGAUAUCAUGUUGUCGUUGAUUGAGGAAAAUCAUGAGCUUGGCUAUGCGCGCGACACCAUUAUAAAGGGAACGGUUUCGACUCUCAUCAUAGCAGGCUCCGACACCACAGCCAUAAACUUGACAUGGAUCCUAGCACUAUUACUAAACAACAGACGAGCACUAAACCGUGCCCAAGAAGAGCUAGACCUCAUAGUUGGCAAAGAAAGAUGGGUUGAAGGCUCCGACAUAAAAAACCUAGUUUACCUUCAAGCCAUUGUCAAGGAAACGCUACGCCUAUACCCUCCAGGCCCUCUAGCAGUUCCGCAUCAGGCGAGGGAAGACUGCACAGUUUGUGGCUUCCAUGUACGGAAGGGCACUCGUUUGUUUGUCAAUUUGUGGAAGCUGCAUCGAGACCCCAACACCUGGCCCGACCCGGAAGCGUUUUCGCCCGAGAGGUUCCUCACGAGCCAUGCAGGCAUAGAUGUUUUAGGUCAGCAUUUUGAGCUCAUCCCAUUCGGUUCCGGUAGAAGAUCAUGUCCCGGGAUGGCUUUUGCCUUGCAAGUGACACACUUGGCUCUGGCGCGCCUUCUUCAAGGGUUUGUGUUUGCAACAAAAUUGGAUGAACCGGUUGACAUGAGUGAAGGUUUAGGUAUUACCUUGCCUAGAGCCACUCCUGUAGAAGCUGUAUUAACCCCUCGCCUACCUGCUGAAUUAUAUCAACAUUAGGAAUAGAUUUAUAAUAAUAUGUAUUUAGUUUGCUAAGUUCUAAGCAAUUAUAGUACUUUAUGAAUAUGUUUGGAACUCUAUAACUUAAAGAUGGAAUGGACUUAGCAUUAGGUUGUACUAGCAAGUAGCAACCGUUAUGUUUUGUGUU